AUGGCCCCAUCAGCAACACCAGUCGCUCUUCCAAUCCAUCCUGGCAUCAAGGAUGUGAGAAUUCAGAAGAAGGAUACCCUACCACUCCCUGACGCUGCCCGAGAACGCCUUGAGAAAGCGGGCAUCGAUCUCUCCAACGGUUACCCAUCACGCCCAGCAGCUCCUCUAUAUCUCGACGAUGCCAUUGCAAUUCGCAAUACCCCUCGAGAGCAUAUUGAGGCUGGUGCCAGGGCAGACAAGUCCAAAUCUUCUUUGUUUUCAGCAGCCAAGGAAGUGAAGAAUCUUACCAACCACAUCGGUACCGAGAUUGUCGGUCUGCAAUUGAAGGAUUUGACAGAUCAGCAGAAGGAUGAACUGGCAUUGCUGAUUGCUGAACGGAGUGUCGUGUUUUUCCGUGAUCAGGACCUUUCUCCCCAGCAGCAGAAAGCUUUAGGUGAAUAUUAUGGAGAGGUCGAGGUUCACCCACAAGUCCCACAGGUACCUGGUGUGCCCGGUGCUUCCGUGAUCUGGCCUGCGUUGUGGGCAACUGAACGAGGGGUAUCAUUCAGGAAGCCAGGAGGUGCAUCGAGCUGGCACACUGAUCUCGUUCAUGAGCUGCACCCAGCGGGAAUUACCCAUCUCCAUAACGAUGCUGUUCCCUCCAUCGGAGGAGACACUCUAUGGGCAAGUGGUUAUGCCGCAUAUUCCAAACUAUCUCCGGAAUUCCGCAAGUUUCUGGAUGGCAAGGAAGCUGUGUAUAUUAGCGCACACUCCUACCUGCCUCGUGAUGACCCAACUCUUGGACCUCAGCGCAUCGAGCGUGUUCAUCCCCUAAUCCGAGUUCAUCCUGCUACUGGCUGGAAAGCUUUGUGGGUCAACCGCUCUAUGACCAAGUCUAUUGUCGGUUUGGAUAAGGCUGAGAGUGACUUGAUUCUCAACUAUCUUUACGAUGUGUAUGAGAAGAACGUUGAUAUCCAGGUCCGGUUCAAGUGGACUCCAAGAACCUCGGCUCUUUGGGAUAACCGAAUCACCAUUCACAAUGCUUCUUGGGAUUAUGAGGGAGGCGAGCCAAGACACGGAACUAGAGUGACGACUUUGGCGGAGAAGCCUUACUUUGUGGCUGAUGCUCCAACAAGACGUGAAGCUCUUGGACUCAAUGACGAGUAA